CUCUAAUUUCUAUACUCUCCUACUUUGUUUUUUUUUGCCAAACGUUUAACUGACGAAAAUAUUUAUUUUCCGUUGUUAAUUAGUGAAAUGGUGAAUGAUAAAAAGCGACGGUCGCGCUCCCGGGAGCGUUACAGGGAUGAGCGUGGCAUAGGCGCAGCCGACAGAGAUCGAGAGCGCGAACGGGAACGGGAGCGUGAGCGACAGCGGGACAGAGAUGUGCCGAGACAUAGAGAGCGUGAUGCGCGCGACAGACAAGCAGACAGAGAAAAGGAACGUCGUCAACGCCGAUCGCGUUCCAGGGAGGACCGUGCCAGACGUGGUGGACGUUCACCGGACCGUCAGCGUCCGGUGCGUGAACGGUCGCGUGAGCGUGGGGCACGUAACGGCGAAUUUGAGAAGAAGCUCAAAUUGGAUAAUUCGGGGACAGUUAAAGGUGAAACGACAGGCACGGCCGGUAAGCCAGAAGAUGAGCAAAUGGAUGUAAAGGGCGACAGCAAAAUAAAGAAGGAGCCUCUAUCGUUGGAAGAGUUACUGGACAAGAAGAAACGCGAGGAAGAAGCGCGCAGUAAGCCCGUUUUUCUUACCAAAGAGCAGCGCGCUGUCGAGGCGCUGAAACGUCGCCAAGAAGAGGUGGAACGCAUGCGUGCCGCCCGAGAUGCUGCGCGGGAUCAACUUCAAGCAACCAGCAACAAAACAAUUAGCGGCAUAGCCACAGCAUCCGCAUCAAUGCCGGUUGCAAUGCCUCCACCGCCGCCCGUGAAGCCAGAGCGUCGCGAACGUGGUGGAGAUCGAGGGGAGCGCGGCGGUGAUCGGGAUCGGGACAAGGACAGUAAACGCGUAGAGGAUCUGACGCACAAGGAUAAGGAAAAGGAACUGGAAGCCAUACGUGAACGCUAUCUGGGCAUUGUAAAGAAGAAGCGACGCGUGCGUCGCCUCAACGAUCGUAAAUUCGUAUUCGAUUGGGAUGCGGGCGAGGACACUUCCAUUGAUUAUAAUAAUUUAUAUAAGGAACGCCAUCAUGUGCAGUUCUUUGGACGCGGAAAUGUGGCUGGCAUCGACAUUAAAGAGCAGAAGCGCACACAAAGCAAAUUCUAUGGAGAUUUGCUAGAGAAACGACGCACCGAGGCGGAAAAGGAACAGGAGAAAGUACGCUUGAAGAAGAUGAAGCGCAAGGAGGAUAAACAAAAGUGGGAUGAUCGUCAUUGGUCCGAGAAGGACAACGACGAGAUGACUGAACGCGAUUGGCGCAUCUUUCGUGAGGAUUACAACAUUACGAUCAAAGGUGGUAAAAUACCUAAUCCCAUUCGCAGCUGGAGUGAGUCCGGCUUUCCGCCUGAAAUUAUUGAAAUUAUUGACACGGUCGGUUACAAGGAGCCCACGCCCAUCCAGAGGCAGGCCAUACCUAUUGGCCUGCAGAAUCGCGAUAUUAUUGGCGUUGCGGAGACAGGUUCUGGCAAGACUUUAGCAUUUCUGAUACCGUUGCUCUCGUGGAUCCAGUCACUGCCUAAGAUCGAACGUUUGGAAGAUGUGGAUCAGGGCCCAUAUGCGAUUAUCAUGGCGCCUACUCGUGAAUUGGCCCAACAAAUCGAGGAGGAAACGACAAAGUUUGGCCAGCCGCUAGGUAUACGUACUGUUGUCGUUGUAGGUGGUUUGUCCAGGGAGGAGCAGGGCUUCCGCUUGCGUCUGGGUUGUGAAAUUGUUAUCGCAACGCCGGGUCGUCUUAUUGAUGUGCUCGAGAAUCGGUAUCUGGUGCUCAAUCAGUGCACGUACAUUGUACUUGACGAGGCAGAUCGCAUGAUUGACAUGGGUUUCGAGCCGGAUGUACAAAAGAUCCUGGAAUAUAUGCCUGUGACAAAUCUCAAGCCAGACACGGAGGAGGCCGAGGAUGAGAAGAAGCUAAUGGAGAACUUCUACACCAAGAAGAAGUACAGGCAAACGGUGAUGUUUACGGCGACAAUGCCGCCAGCUGUAGAGCGUUUGGCACGCUCCUAUUUGCGUCGUCCGGCCACAGUUUAUAUCGGUUCAGUGGGCAAACCUACGGAGCGUACAAACCAAAUCGUUUACAUGAUGGGCGAGAAUGACAAACGGAAGAAGCUCAUGCAGAUCCUGUCGGCCGGCAUUGAGCCACCAGUUAUCAUAUUCGUCAACCAAAAGAAGGGCGCCGAUGUGCUGGCCAAGGGUUUGGAGAAACUCGGCUACAACUCCUGCACGUUGCACGGCGGCAAAGGGCAGGAGCAACGUGAAUAUGCUUUGGCAGCGCUCAAAUCUGGUGCCAAGGAUAUACUGGUGGCCACUGAUGUAGCUGGGCGUGGUAUCGACAUUAAGGAUGUCUCGCUGGUCAUCAAUUAUGACAUGGCCAAGUCUAUUGAGGAUUAUACGCAUCGUAUAGGACGCACAGGUCGUGCGGGCAAAACAGGUGUUGCCAUAUCCUUUGUCACUAAAGAUGACAGCAGCCUGUUUUACGACCUGAAGCAGUGCGUCACAGCUAGUCCUGUGUCCGUGUGUCCGCCAGAGCUCACAAAUCACCCAGAGGCACAGCACAAGCCCGGCACUGUGGUCACUAAAAAACGGCGAGAGGAGAAAAUAUUUGCCUAAGAUUUAUAAAAAAACGAAUUCGAAGCCCUUCAGGAUAAAUAAAAGUACUAAAAGUUAUCAA